AUGGCUACUGACUGGCAGCCCGAGUGUAUUGCGCCUCAGCAUCAGUCAAGUCUGGAGAACAUCGGACAUCAUACGGAUCGAGCUCUCCAGAACACCUCGGGCAAUGUACAGUCGUACUCAGACGCUAUCCUUCACGGUGGUGUGACUGGUCGUGAUGACCAUCUACAGCAUCUAGCGUAUAAAUAUUCCCAUGCACCUGUGCACCCUCAUCCCAUGCCCACGGCUACCAGUCUGCAUCCUCACCACAUCCUAAACGCUCGAGUCCAAGCGAAAAAGCUUCGACGUGUCCAAUCACUCGGUCCGAACCAUUCUGGCGCUCGUAGGGGAAGAAGCUACCUCAAAUCUCAAAAGUAUUUGGAGUAUCGGGCACGACCACGGCGGGACACUGGCAAGGAUGGGGAACCGGUCUGGUCUGAUGAGCUCGAGGACGCUUUCCAGCAAGCGCUGGAGGCAAACCCGCCGAUGGGUAGAAGGAAGUGGUCUGAACGAGGAAAGUCGUAUGGCCGAAACGAACUCAUUGCAGAGUAUAUCUACAAGAUGACCGGCAAGAAGAGGACAAGAAAGCAAGUUUCAAGUCACUUGCAGGUUCUCGACUCCUUUCUCAAGGGUGAUCCCGAUUGGGAGAGACUCGUUCGAGAGCAACCGGCGGACCGUUCAAGCAAUCAACAUCAGUCAGUUGGUCCCAAAUGGAGAACUUCGCUGGACCAUCCUCUGCCCAGUCACUAUGGUGGGCACAUGCACGCGGCUUACCAUGAUCAUCUGAGGCCAGUGCAGCCUUACGUUGGGGAGCUUCCUCCGCCCCAUUUCACACUGGGCUCGAACUUGCAUGAACGGAGUACCGAUGCGAUCCAUGGCUUCAAUUUUGACAUGUGGGUGAGUGCGCCUCAGCAGGCGAGUCAGGCCGACAAAGCCUUCCAUGUGUACACAUGCCUACAAGGAGACCAAUACCACCCUGUCGCUCCCCCUACGCCCCUGGAGAAUGUCAGGGACUGGCGAACUACUUUCCCUCAUCUGAACUCCGUGAUGGAGGAGCUGGACGGCCCCUUGGACUGCGAGAUCAUUCUGCUCGAAGCAAGCCUGAAGCUCAUGAAUGAUUUCCCCCCGCCAGGUUCCAAGCUGGGCAUUCAGUUGGAUAUAGACUUUGCACCUCCUGGCAUGACUGAUGCCACGAUACUCAGUCAGAUGGACAAUUGGACAUGUAGCACAUACAUCUAUGAAGGCCAUCGGUCGUCGAAGGCCGAUCACAAGCUUGCCAGACCGGUGUCCACCAAAGUGAAACCCCCAUUUGAGUCGUCGUGGUGGGCGAAGCUAUUCACAGAACUCACGCAGGACAAGCAAAUGGCCGAAAAAUCAGGACGGCACCAGAAUGCGGAUGAGAAUAUCAGAAAGUUCUUCCUCUCUCUGUCCGCGGUCCAAGAAAUUCGAGCGAUCCCUCAAAACUCGCGGCGAGUCUCUCAUCAGGGCUCUGGGCAUCUCAGCGACGGCAGCAAGAGGAUGGCAAUCUUACUAUGGAAGUUCCGGCAGACUCGACCUGACGAGGAGGUUGGGUUGACAACCUGGAGGAAGCUGAUUCCUCCACCCGACCGAACGAUAAUGAAUAGUCCCAAGCCGGCCACGGGGGUUGACCUGCCCCCGUUGUCUCUCGAUUCGAUUUUACUAAAACCACAGCCCCCGAACAUGUAUCACGCGCAUCAAGCUCACGACAUGUUGCACCACACCGGAAGUUCUCAACCGCAUUGGCCUUUGUACCCGCCACCGCAUGAGAACAUGUCCAAUAUGUAUCAUCCGACAGGCUCCUUUGACUUCUUGAACUCAGUCACCAAACCCGAAGAUGGACUACAGGAUAGAACUGCUGUAACUUCCAUCCUGGAUUCCUUCUCAGGCAUGCCGCCGCAGGAGAACAGUCAGCCAUCAAGUCUCAAUGUCUCCAGCGGCGGACCUGUGAUGCUCAAUGUCCAUGACAUGUCCCUGUCGCACCAUAAUCUUGCUGGGUACACCUUGAGCCAUGACAACCACUACGUGCCCUCUCAGGAGCACGGAGUUAGCGUCCACGACAGUAGCAAUGUUUUGAACAAUAUCUUUGGUUCUGGGUCGCAGUCAAUGGACGAAAUCGGACAUAGCCAGAGCGCAUGGGGCCCUCCGAUUCCUUCGACGAGCAUUCCAAGCGACGUUGGCUCCAACAACUACACGCACCUUCCGUACCAUCACCACGACCAUCAGACGCCGGCAUCCCGCGAGUCGCACCCAAACGGUUUCGAGGGCUUGAUGGGACCGGAUGACCUGAUGGACAAGAUCGUGGGCAGCAUGCCUGACGAUCCUGGCAUGAAUGGGGCAGGACCCGAUCAUGCCAGUGCCGCCUAUACAGAUACCAAUGCAGCUGAGGCGGUCCACUGA